AUCGUGAUGGUGUCUCUCCCCUUAAGGAAAGAGAAAAAAGGGUACCGUGUUUCCGGUUUAGCUGGUCCGUCCGAAAAAGUGCUCCGCCUGCAAAUGUAAGAAAGGAGGAAGGAGUUAUGGCAACAAUGAUUGAGGAAAAUGGUCCUUCGACUCAUGUGCAGUCCGAAGUGUCCUCUUCGUCUCAGGCCAGGCAGAAACUAGAGGGGCUCCUGAACAAGAACAUGAGGAUCCGCAUGACAGACGGACGGACCCUGGUGGGGCUCUUCCUCUGCACGGACCGAGACUGCAACGUCAUCCUGGGAUCAGCUCAGGAGUUCCUCAAAUCCACAGAUACGUUCUCCCAGGGCGAACCCAGAGUCCUCGGCCUGGCCAUGAUCCCCGGCCACCACGUGGUGUCCAUUGAGGUGGAGGCAGACAGUCUGGAGGACACACAAGGAUUCGGAGCUGCCCAUUGACGACGCUUUGCCCCCGUUUCGGACGACGCCCGGCAGCUCUCAGCGGGACUGUCUCUCGGCGAGCCGGCUGCACGGCUGCAGACGAGCUCUUAAAGGAGAGCGGACAUCUUCCACGGAGGAUUCGAAUCGGUCACGUCACCUCCACGGACGCAGAUACAGAACUCCUGUGUGAAUACUGUGGAUUUAGCCAUUCCCUCUAUGCUUGAAGAUGUGUCCAUUUGCAGUGAUGUGUGUGUGAAAAGUGUGUGCCAACAGCAGCUAUAUGGAUGAAUGUGUGUGUGUGUGUAUACAGUAAACGUCUUUGUUACAUGAUGUUUUAAAAUGUCCGGCUGUAUUUGAGACUUUGUGUUAAAUGUUGGCAAAAAUGGAGAGAAAGCUGACUGAAACGAU